AUGUCUAAGAACAUUCCACGUCUGCACCUCCUCUUCUUCGAGGGGUUUAAUUACGGUCUCCGAUGGGAGACAAAGCCCAAGGAUGUCGCUCUUGAUGAUGGCGGUACGGUGAAGAAGUGUCACUUUCUCCUCCAGAAUCCCUACGCUUUUCACGUGGCUAAGGUCUUAUUCAAGGGCUUGAGGACGGCCAGACCACCUAUCGUUAGCAUCGCUCUGGCGGAUAUUUACGAUUUCGUCACCGAGAGAAUUCACCUCUGCCGAGAACUUGAGCCCCGAGAAUUUUUCACGAGAACCAAGAAUUGUUUCGAUUGGUCGCGAAAAUUCUCCGACGAGGCUUUCUACGCUAGAGCCCUCUUCCUCGACACUGCCGUGGUCUUUGCAGGGAUCAAGACUCCUAAACAGCCCUUGACCGACGCCUUCGAUCAUUUCAAGGACCUGUUUCUAGAAGCGUACCUAAUCGAGCACAGCAAAGUCCUACUCGAGGGAGUGAAGGUCUCCCCCGAGACUAUCGAGCAAGUUAACGACGAAGUCUCUGCCAACCUGGAAGUACACGAGAAAUACUUCCCAUGGGACCUCACUCACCCGGACGCAUUGGGAGACGGUCAAGACAAGCUCAUCCCCUGGAAGCAAGCCGACCAAAUGCCCGAGGAGGAAGUAGACUUCUCCGCCUUGCCGGACGAAGAGCUAUUUUUUUACGACACCAAGUGCAAGUCGAAGCGCAGUGAUGCGUUCCUGGGUGCGGGCCCAUCUAAGGCUUCCGUAGCCAGAAAGGGCAAGGAACCUGUCAAGGUAGGCGCUGUACGUGAGUACGACGCCUUCCGCGAUUACCGAGACCCGGCUGCUGAUGGCGAUAACGGCGGCGACGAGGGCGUUGCUGGACCCUCUGGCCCGGUAGGAGGAGAGGCGGGAGACGACGAGCCCGGAGAGGUGUCAAUGGGUGAUGCCUGGGUGGAGGACGAGGUCCUUCGCGUCAAGAAGCUGAAGAUCGCGGAAGAGAAAGAAGAAGAGGAAGAGGAGCUAUAA